GGUCCUCUCGAUUCAGAUCAUCCACAACACAAGACAAACUCCCUCUGCCAAAUCCAUCACAACCCACGUCAAAUCUUCUCAAAUCACACCGACCCAUUUCCUAUUCACACCCCAAAAUUAUCAAGCACCCGUCUUUAGCCAUCUUCCCCGAUCGUUCUAGCUACCUAUAGGUCCAUUCUCUUAAUGCAGGGGAUGAUUGUAACGAAAUGGACGUAAAUUUUGGUCGUGCACUCGUGCUGAUACCAAUAGCAUGCACCGAGUCAGGGUGGAUACGUGGUGAGUGAGAGUUAAAGACGAGGAACUGAGGCUUGGCAUCGGUGAACAUGUCGAAUCAAGUGGUCAAAGUGAAGAGAGACACGAUUGAAGCAUGCAUGACUUGCCCACUCUGCAACAAGUUGUUCAGGGAAGCCACCACUAUAUCCGAAUGUCUUCACACGUUUUGCAGGAAGUGCAUUUAUGAUAAAAUUACAGAUGAGGAAUUAGAAUGCUGUCCAAUGUGCAACAUUGAUUUGGGUUGUGUUCCACUCGAGAAACUAAGGCCAGACCACAGUUUGCAAGAUGUAAGGGCCAAAGUUUUCCCCUUAAAGGGAAGAAAGGUGAAGGCGCCUGAAGUUGUCGCCUCAUUACCAUUACCAGCUAGAAGAAAGGAGAGAUCUCUUUCAUCUUUGGUGGUCAGCACUCCGAGGGUAUCUACACAGGCAACCAUGACAGGAAGAAGAACAAAACCUACAAGAAAGGCUAGCAGUCUGCGGACCUCUAGUUUUUCCAUUGAAAAGCCUAUUAAAAAAGAGGAAGAAUUACUGGAAGAUCAUCCUGAGAGUUCAAGCUCACCUGACACUUCAAAUAAGUUUGCUCAGAAUACUGGACAGAGUGUGACCCCUUGUGAGGGUAGUCAAUCCAUACCCAAUAAAGAAGAGAAUGGUGCUGAACCAUGGGAUGCAAAAUUGGAUCUUUGGAAACCUUUGAAUUGUUUAGUAGAGGUCGCAAGUAGGAGUAAAUCUUUCAAGUCUAAUGUGCAAGGGUCUGAUGCUAAACUAGAAUCCAUUCAAGUAAAUGAGAGUGACUCUCAAGUGCAGAAAACCAAAAAUAAGGAAAAUAAACGCAAGGCAAAAGUUGAGGAUGAAAAGAUUAGCCCUUAUUCUGUCUCUUCAGAUACAGUAAAACCCAAUAAAUUGCGCAGAGUACGCAGGAAAAAGGAGCCUGCUUUUGGAGAAUCAGGCAUAUCACCCCAAGCUGUGCUGGAUUCUACCAGCAACAAGCUCUUAAGGACUGGUCCAAUUUGGUUCUCCUUAGUAGCUUCUGAAAACCAGGAUGGAGAUGCACCAUUGCCCCAGAUUCCUGCAAGUUAUGUGAGAAUAAAGGAUGGAACCGUACCUGUCUCAUUUAUCCAAAAAUACCUAAUGAAGAAACUAGAUUUGACCAGUGAAACAGAGGUUGAGAUUAAAUGUAUGGGACAACCAGUGCUCCCUACACUGAGGCUCCAUAACUUGAUUGAGUUGUGGCUGGAUACGGCAUCCACAUCACAGCGAAUUCCAGCAACUAUUGGGUCCUCAGCAAAGGAUUUUGUCAUGGUCUUGGCUUAUGCUCGGAAGGUUCACCAUCCUUGAUCAUGGUUCCCCAUCCAUAAUUUUUAAUGCACCUAGAAAAUCAUCAUCACAGCAUAGUCACUUCCCCAACAUGUGUUGUUCUUUCACUGUGUUUCCAAAAGCUGCACUAUCUUGGAGGAUAAGAUAGGCCAAAUAAAUUAUAAAGAAAUUCCCUCUCCAUAAAACAUACCAUUCUGCCUUUAGUGUAGCAUCCUGAUCUGAUGGGUCAUUGUAAUGAUAAUUACAUCCUGAUUUUUCAAAACCAUGGUUUUUAGUGCACAUGUGACUUAGAUAUAAAGUAGCUACAGGCCACCAUACCUGCUUAGAAAGAGAUGAUUUAUUCGG